AUGAAAAAAAUAUGUUAAAUAAUAAGAUUUUUUAAUAAUUAGUUAAAUUAAGUAAGAAAGAAAGAAAAUCAAGCACAAUUGAAAGAAGAAUAAAUCAAAUUAAUUAAAAGAGCUUUAAUGGUUUAAAUUAAUUUUUAUAAUUAAAAAUAUUAGAAUCCAAAAUAAAUAAACAAUAAGUCUAAAUCUUAAUAGCAAAAAAUGAAGAAAAAAUAUAAAAUAAUAAAAAAUGAAUAAUCAAUAAUUAAAAAUUAAAAAUUAAAAUUAAGUUCAAAUUACUAAAAAAUGUUUGUAUAAAAAACAAUAAAUGAAUAAUGA